UCGGCAUUCGUUCAUCAUUCGCCGACAGCUUCGCGAGGUAGUUUUUGCCCGCGCCGCGUUGAAUACUCAGUUUUGUUUGUUGGGCCUAAUAGGGGUGGCUGGCUGGUUAUUGUCGUGUGUUUCAUAUGUAAAAAAAAAAGCUUAGCGCAACAAAAAGUAUUAUUACCUAGUGAUAAGUGUCAAAACAAAAGCAAGCUACAAGCAAAACACCUAAAGUUAACACAUCAUAAGCAAUUCUAGAAACACAGGCGCAAAAUGUUCUCACGACCCAGCUUGUGUGGAAAUCUCGGUAAACUGUGCCGCAGCGGCACUGCAGCCGUGACGAGUACCCCAACAACAACACCGCCAGCAUUAUCGGCGCUGGCGCUGUGCGAUGCCCGUGGCUAUCAUGAGGUUGUCGGCGACAUUAUCUGCCCCUCACAGGUGCGCGGCAUAGAUCAUAUACGCGAUCCGCGCUUGAAUAAGGGCUUGGCCUUUACUCUGGAGGAGCGUCAGGUGCUGGGUAUUCAUGGCCUGCAGCCAGCACGUUUCAAGACCCAGGAGGAGCAGCUACAGCUGUGCAAGAUUGCCGUUAACCGCUAUACAGAACCACUGAAUAAGUAUCUGUACUUGAGCGAUCUGCACGAUCGCAAUGAGCGCCUGUUCUUCCGCUUUUUAUCGGAGAACAUUGAGGAUCUAAUGCCCAUUGUAUACACACCCACGGUGGGCCUGGCAUGCCAGCGCUUUGGCCUGAUCUACAGACGUCCGCAUGGCCUCUUUGUCACAUUCAAUGAUCGCGGUCACAUCUUUGAUGUGAUGAAAAACUGGCCAGAGCCGAAUGUGCGUGCCAUUUGUGUAACUGACGGCGAGCGCAUCCUGGGCCUGGGUGAUCUGGGCGCUUGCGGAAUGGGCAUACCAGUUGGCAAACUGGCGCUGUACACCGCACUGGCGGGCAUUAAGCCGCAUCAAUGCCUGCCCAUUGUGGUGGAUGUGGGUACCAAUAAUAUCGAUCUGCUGGAGGAUCCACUGUACGUGGGUCUGCGUCAAAAGCGUGUCGUGGGACGCGAAUAUGAUGAUUUUAUCGACGAGUUCAUGGAGGCUGUUGUCAAGCGCUAUGGCCAGAAUACACUUAUCCAGUUUGAGGACUUUGGCAAUCACAAUGCAUUUAGAUUCUUAGACAAGUAUCGCAAUACAUACUGCACCUUUAACGAUGAUAUUCAGGGAACAGCCGCUGUGGCUGUGGCCGGCUUGUACGCCUCGAAGCGUAUCACGGGCAAGUCCUUCAAGGAAUACACUUUCCUAUUCGCGGGGGCCGGCGAGGCAGCCAUUGGCAUUGCCGAUCUCGUGGUCAAGGGCAUGGUUGCCGAAGGCGUGCCCAUCGAGGAGGCAUAUAGUAGGAUAUUUAUGGUCGAUAUUGACGGGUUGUUGACCACAUCGCGCAAUGUGGGCAACCUGGAUGGCCACAAAGUCAAUUAUGCCAAGGACAUUGAACCAAUGCAGGAUCUCGAGCAAAUUGUAUCGACUGUUAAGCCAAGUGUGCUAAUUGGCGCUUCAGCUUGCGCCGGUCUCUUCACGCCCAAAAUUCUGCGCACCAUGGCGGACAAUAACGAAAGGCCCAUCAUAUUUGCUCUCUCAAAUCCAACCAGCAAGGCGGAAUGCACAGCCGAGGAGGCUUAUCACAACACAGAUGCUCGCGUCAUCUUUUCAUCGGGCUCGCCCUUCCCACCGGUUGUUGUGGGCAACAAAACCUACUACCCUGGCCAGGGUAACAAUGCCUACAUUUUCCCUGGUGUUGGGCUGGGUGUCAUAUGCACGGGUACACAUCACAUACCCGAUGAUAUGUUCCUGAUUGCUGCCCAGGAGCUGGCCAACUUUGUGGAGCCCGCUGACAUUGAGCGUGGCUCAUUGUACCCGCCGCUGUCGAGCAUUCGUGAUGUCUCCAUGAAUAUUGCCAUUGGCGUAACUAAAUGUGCUUAUGAUAAGGGCUUGGCAUCCACAUACCCAGAGCCGCAGGACACGCGCAAGUGGCUGGAGGAUCAACUGUACAACUUUAACUAUGAGUGCUCGAUGCCAGUCACCUGGACCUGGCCACGCAUGCCAUACAUCAAGACCCGCGAAGAGAGUCCGCUUAUUGCCGCUAUUAAAUAAGAAAAUCGUUCAGUUCUCUUGGUUGAUCGUUUGAUGGCACCUCUGUAUUGCAUUCUAACCCACUCUUCGUAUAACUACUACUACUACUACCACUACCACUACUUUAAAGCGACCACGAACAGCACCAAACACUAACCAAGCCUAGGCCUAGAUAAUUUCUGCAACGGCUCACACUAUCUACAUGUUAUAUGAUCGAUUCACUUGCCACGUCAGUUGCCAGGUUCAAGAUCAGCCGGCAUAAGGCUAUGGGGCUACCCAGCUCUUCAUUGGUGACUAAUUAAACAAGCAAACUUCCACAUUGUUAUUAAAUUUACCCAUAAAAAUUGUUAGUCAUAGAUACCAGCUGUAGUAGUUAGCCAGCGACAAGUGCGACAGAGACUUCUAUGUAUUUUCAAUAUGUUCAUAUAGUAUUAUAUAUGUCUGUACAGAAUGUUUUUAUUUGUAUUAAUUAUUAUGUUAAUUUGUAUCUGAUCGAAAUUGAUAAUGUUACGAUGAAUGCGAACCUAAUUAUCUCACAA